AUAUAACCUUCACUUUCAUCCAUUCUUCACCAAAAGAACCAAACAACAACAACCAAGAGCAAAAAUGAGGUCCCUAAUCCCACACCAUGUGAUGAUGAUCUUAGCCAUUUUCUUCUUCAUGUCCUGCACCAUUUCCCUAGCCCAUGAAGUCUGCUCCCCAAAAGAGUUCCUUGACGUGCACAACCAAGCUCGCGCCGAGGUUGGUGUGGGUCCACUCUCAUGGAACCACAACCUUGAAGCCUACGCUCAGAACUACGCUGACUUGAGGAGCCAUGACUGCAACCUCGAGCACUCUAACGGGCCGUAUGGUGAGAAUAUCGCUGAGGGUUACGGCGAAAUGAAGGAUGCAGAUGCGGCAAAGCUCUGGUUCGCCGAAAAGCCCAACUACGACCCUCAGUCCAACUCGUGUGUCAAUGAUGAAUGCUUGCAUUAUACACAGAUGGUUUGGCGCGAUUCUGUUCAUCUUGGGUGUGCUAAGUCCAAAUGCAACAAUGGCUGGGUUUUUGUUGUUUGCAACUAUGACCCACCAGGCAACUAUGUUGGAGAUAGACCUUAUUGAUUGGGUUGUGUACGUCCGAUCAAGCUCUACAAAUUAAAUUUCGCGCAUAAGAAGCAUAUUAUAAAUAAUAUAUACUAAAUGUUAGUAGUGAAAAUGUGAUUCUCAGGUGGAUCGAUCAAAUGGUCUGUAUUAAGCAAGCUAGCUCUCCCAGCAUAUAUGUUUGUGUAUUGCCAUUAUGCGCUAGAUUAGAAAUUAGUCAAAUUACAAUAUGUGGAUGUCGAGUGUGAUAUUCCCGUUAUAAUGAAAAAGAACUCAUGCUAAAAGUUUGCUUUAGUGUGAAUUUAUUAUUA